CUCUGUUCAUGAGCCUUCACGGAAAUGAAAACUUCCGUCCCUCUCUUCCUCUUCCUCUUCUUCUUCUUCACAGUGGUGUGGUUUGAUCUUCCGCUAUGCUCCGCCGACGACGCCCACGAGGAAUUCAAAGCUUGCAGUCUCUAUUACAACUGCGGAGAUUUGGUAAACGUCACGUAUCCGUUUUGGGGGAAUGAGCGGCAGGAAUUCUGCGGCCGCCGUGAAUUCAAGCUCAAUUGCAAACACAACAAAACCACUACGAUCGAAAUCAGUUCUAUUGAAUUUCACGUUCUCAACAUCAGCCGAUCCAAUCAUACAAUGACAAUAGCAAGAUCGGAUCUCCGAACUGAUUACUGCCCUAAAAUCGAAAUCAAAACGACGAGGAUUGAUUAUCGUCUCUUCAAGUAUUCUUUGAACGAUCUGAAUCUCUCUGUCUGGUACGAUUGCCCGCUGCUACCUGGAAUUCUCGACAAUUACAGAUUCACGUGCGGAUCGGAGGGGGAAAUAAGAGGGAGAGCGAAUUACGCUUUAGAAACGGAAGCGCUGAAUCGGAGUGGAAACAUGAGCGGGUGUAGACUGAACAUCGAAGUGACAAUUACAAAAGAGGUAUUCGAGGAAACACACAAGAACAGAACGAUGGCGGUGGAGCAGGGUGUGAAAAGAGGAUUUGAUGUGGAAUACGGGGAUUUCUACACGGUGGCGUGCGAGGGGUGCAAGGAAUACGGCGGCAAGUGUGGAAGGAACGCCACCCAUCAGUUUCACUGCAUUUGUGGCGAUGGAGACAUCCAUCCUUUCGUUUGCAAGUCUCCUCCUCCUCCUGGAGAAAAUGAUGUUUGGAAGAAGUACGUCAUAGGUUUUAGCUGUGGUUUUGGCGGGGUAAUGAUAAUGAGCGUAGCCUUUUUCAUCUGGUUUCGUUUGCACAAAAAGAAGCUUGCUCGUACUUAUACUCCCUCCUCCUUUCUCCUACGAAACAAUUCUAGUAAUCUUCCUGCGAAGGAGCUUGAGAAAGGAGAAGAUUACAUGGGUGUGCCUUUGUUCUCUUACGAAGAGCUUGAAAAGGCCACCGACAGGUUUAAUCCGGCCAAAGAACUUGGAGAUGGCGGCUGUGGUACUGUCUACUACGGCAAACUUCCUGAUGGACGUGAGGUCGCUGUUAAACGAUUGUUUGAAAAUAACUACAGAAGAGUUGAGCAUUUCAUGAAUGAAGUUGAGAUCCUUACUCGUUUGCGCCACCCACAUCUUGUCACCCUUUAUGGAUGUACCUCUCGACACUGCCGUGAACUUCUGUUGGUUUAUGAAUUCAUCCCAAACGGUACUGUUGCCGAUCAUCUUCACGGCGAACGAGCAAAACCCGGUGAGCUUCCAUGGCAUACAAGGUUGAAGAUUGCCAUUGAGACUGCAAGUGCUCUGGCUUUUCUCCAUGCCUCUGAGACUAUCCACCGUGAUGUUAAAACUACCAACAUUCUCCUCGACAGCAACUUCGGUGUUAAAGUCGCCGAUUUCGGAUUAUCUCGGCUUUUUCCCACACAAGCCAGCCAUGUUUCAACUGCACCACAAGGAACUCCUGGCUACUUAGAUCCGGAGUAUCACGAAUGCUAUCAACUUACGAUUAAAAGCGACGUGUUUAGCUUUGGAGUCGUGUUGGUUGAGCUGAUAUCUUCAAAGCCUGCAGUUGAUAUCACUAGGCAUAGGCAUGAGAUUAACCUGUGGACAAUGGCAAUCAAUAAGAUUGGGGGCGACGAGUUGCAUGAAUUUGUGGAUCCAUGUCUUGGAUUUGAAACGGAUGAAAGAGUUAGAGACAUGAUAUGUGGAGUUGCAGAGUUGGCAUUUCAAUGCUUGCAGAGUGUGAAAGACACAAGGCCGACAAUGUCGGAGGCUUUGGAAAUUCUGAAGAACAUUGAGAGUCAGCAUAGUGGGAAAGGAAAAACAGAAGAAAUAAAGGUUACAGGAGAAGAGGAUGUGGUGGUGAAGGGUGAGUUAGUGCCGGAAUCUCCAGAUUCCGUUGUGGUGCCUUGGAUGAGCAAAUCUUCAACCCCGAAUUGCAUUUCCAGUUUUCCUUUUUCUUUUCAUUUUUGGUCCAGCGUCACGGAAAUGACACCUUCCGUCCCUCUCUUCCUCUUCUUCUUCUUCACAAUCGUGUGGCAUGAUCUUCCGCUAUGUUUCGGCGACGGCACAGUCGUUGAAUUUAAAGCUUGCGAUGUCUAUUACAACUGCGGAGAUUUGGUAAACAUCAUGUAUCCGUUCUGGGGGAAUGAACGGCCGGAAUUUUGCGGGCGGCGAGAAUUCGAGCUCAAUUGCAAAGACAACAAAACCACUACGAUCGAAAUCAGUUCUAUUGAAUUUCACGUUCUCAACAUCAGCCGAUCCAAUCAUACAAUGACAAUCGCAAGAUCGGAUCUCCGAACUGAUUACUGCCCUAAAAUCGAAAUCAAAACGACGACGAUUGAUUAUCGUCUCUUCAAGUAUUCUUUGAACGAUCUGAAUCUCUCUGUCUGGUACGAUUGCCCGCUGCUACCUGGAAUUCUCGACAAUUACAGAUUCACGUGCGGAUCGGAGGGGGAAAUAAGAGGGAGAGCGAAUUACGCUUUCGAAACGGAAGCGCUGAAUCGGAGUGGAAACAUGAGCGGGUGUAGACUGAACAUCGAAGUGACAAUUACAAAAGAGGUAUUCGAGGAAACACACAAGAACAGAACGAUGGCGGUGGAGCAGGGUGUGAAAAGAGGAUUUGAUGUGGAAUACGGGGAUUUCUACACGGUGGCGUGCGAGGGGUGCAAGGAAUACGGCGGCAAGUGUGGAGGGAACGCCACCCAUCAGUUUUACUGCAUUUGCGGCGAUGGAGACAUCCAUCCUUACGUUUGCACGUCUCCUCCUGAUACAGAGCAAUCAAUUCCUAGAGGGGAGAUCAUAAUAGGUGCAACUAUUUCUGGAACCGUCAUUCUCUCUGUUAUCAUCAUCUCCAUCUACUACAAGAGAAGAAGCAUCUCAAACAACGACAAAAUUAAGGAAAUUAUAAGGAAAUAUUCCACGCAAACACCCAAGCGAUAUACUUACUCAAAGCUGAAGAAAAUCACAGGCUCUUUCAACAACAAGAUUGGCCAAGGAGGGUUUAGCUCUGUCUACAAAGGAAAGCUACCCGACGGCCGCGAUGUGGCUGUGAAGCUUUUGAAUGAAUCCAAAUCAAAUGGUGAAGAUUUUAUGAACGAAGUUGUUAGCUUCGCCAAAACUUCCCAUGUAAAUAUAGCCACACUCUUAGGUUUCUGCUACGAGAGGAACAAAAGAGCUUUGAUUUAUGAUUAUAUGGCUAAAGGGUCACUAGAUAAAUACAUUUCCAGCAACAGGAAUCAAGAAAAGGGCGAGAAGUUGGAUUGGAACACACUCUACAAUAUUGUCAUCGGCGUGGCACGAGGCUUGGAGUACUUGCACAGUGGCUGCAACACAAGGAUCUUGCACUUCGACAUCAAGCCACACAACAUACUCUUGGAUGAUGAUUUCCGCCCCAAAAUCACUGAUUUUGGGCUGGCCAAGCAAUGCAGGGCCAAGGAGAGUCAUGUGUCGAUGACAUGUGUGAAAGGGACAAUAGGGUUCAUAGCGCCAGAGAUAAUAUUUAGGAAUAUUGGCAAAGUUUCUCAUAAGUCUGAUGUUUAUAGUUAUGGGAUGUUGGUUCUUGAGAUGGUGGGUGAGAGAAAGAGUCCCAAUCAAGGAGUGGAGCAGAGCAGCGAUGAGUACUUUCCUGAUUGGAUAUAUAAGGAUCUUACACAAAGUGAAAUUCAUGGGGGCUGUUGGUGGGGAAACACAGAGGAAGAAGAAGAAAUGGCAAGAAAAAUGAUCAUUGUGGGGUUGUGUUGUAUUCAGACAUUGCCCAACGACAGGCCGUCGAUGACCGACACGGUGUCGAUGUUGGAAGGCAGUGUUGAUGGCUUACAAAUUCCACCAAAACCUGACUUGUUCGGACCUCCUGCCACUGAUCUACUCCAAGUUGCUGCUGCUGCUGCUUCUUCUUCUUCCACCUCGUAUCUCUCGAAUUCGAUAUCUUUUUUAUAACAAUUGAUUAAUUUGAAGGCAUGCAACAAAGUUGUGAGAUUCCAUGUUGGUUGAGGAAGAGAACCAUUUUUUACUAGAGUGUGGAAACCUCUUCUCAGCAGACGCGUUUUAAAAACUGUAAGAGGCAGCUUAAAAGGAAAAGCUCAAAGAAGAUAAUAUUUGCGAGUAGUGGAUUUGAGCCGUUAUAAAUGAGAUCAGAGUUAGACACCAGGCGGUGUGCCAACAAGGAGGUUGAGUCCUGAAUGUGGGUGGACAUGAGACGAUAGGCCAGUAAGGACGUUGGGUCUUGAAGGGGAGUGGAUUGUGAGAUCCCACAUCAAUGAGGAUGAACACAAAUAUGCAAGCUAGAAUGGUGAUGCUUGUUGCUAUUCUACCUAUUUGUACAUUAAAAACUUUGUUUCCCUCUUAAUAUCCCUUUUCAUAACCUCAUUUUAAACCUUUCUUCAAAUUAGUACACGAGCAUAGUCCAGACAGUUUAAAUCUACCGCUAGCAAAUAU